GAUUCUGCGCUUCACCGGUGUGACUGCUUUCGAUUGUUGGCGGGCGCCGCCAUCUUGGUCAGUGAGCUAGCGAGCGGCAGUACGUGAAGCCGUCCUUAAUAAAAGAAAAAAAAAAAAAAAUCCAUUUUUAUUAAAAAAACGUUUUAAGGGAUACACACGUAUACACGAUGUCUGAACGGGAGGACAACGUCUACAAGGCAAAGCUUGCUGAGCAAGCCGAACGCUACGAUGAAAUGGUUGAAGCAAUGAAAAAAGUUGCAUCAAUGGAUGUAGAGUUAACUGUUGAAGAGAGAAAUCUUCUUUCAGUUGCAUAUAAAAAUGUAAUUGGAGCAAGACGAGCAUCAUGGAGAAUAAUAUCUAGUAUUGAGCAAAAAGAAGAGAAUAAAGGUGCUGAUGGUAAACUUGAAAUGAUACGUAGAUACAGAGCUCAAGUUGAAAAAGAACUUAGGGAUAUUUGUGCUGAUAUACUUGAUGUAUUGGACAAACAUUUAAUUCCAUGUUCCUCAACUGGGGAAUCAAAAGUCUUCUAUUAUAAAAUGACUGGUGAUUAUCAUCGUUAUCUUGCCGAGUUUGCAAUUGGUACUGACAGAAAAGAUGCAGCUGAAAAAUCAUUAAUAGCAUAUAAAGAAGCGAGUGAAAUAUCAAUGACAGAAUUACCACCAACCCAUCCAAUUCGUCUUGGAUUAGCACUCAACUUUUCUGUAUUUUACUAUGAGAUUCUUAACAGUCCAGAUAGAGCGUGUCGUUUGGCUAAAGCAGCAUUUGAUGAUGCUAUUGCUGAACUUGACACUCUAUCUGAAGAGAGCUACAAAGAUUCCACCCUCAUUAUGCAAUUGCUCAGGGACAACCUUACAUUAUGGACCUCCGAUAUGCAGGGUGAUGGUGAAGGUGAACAAAAAGAAUCAACGCAAGAUGCAGAAGAUCAAGAUGUAUCGUAACUUUAGUUUCAGUGAGUGUUACUUACGCAUACAAUUGAAAAACACAUGAAACAACUAAAAAGAAAAAAAAAACAAAAUGAAUUAAUUAAUAAACAACAUCAAAUAAAUAAAUAAUUAAAAAAAAAAAAAAAAACUCUUAAUAACUUUUAAGCAUAAAAAAAAAAAACAAAAAACAAAAAAAAUUAAAAAAAUUAAAAAAGAAUCAUCAGGGUGGGAAGUCAGGGAUGGAAGCAAGAAUAAGGGAGGAAAAAAAAAAAAAAACUAAAUGAGAAUGUAGAUUGAAAUGGCGACGUAACAGUAAAAAAAAAAAAAAAAAAAAAAAUUUGAUACAAAAGUUUAAAAAGAAAAAUAAAGAAAUAAUUAAAAAAAAUAAUUGAAAAAAUUUGGGAAUAUAUGUUUGAAAGAGGGGUGGGAAUUUUCAGCGAUUGCAUUUACCCAAAGUACAUACAUAAGAGUUUGUUCAUUUAAAUAAAUUGAUUGAAAAAAAAAAGAAAAUUAAUAAUUAAAAAAAUAAAAAUACAAUCGCCAUAAUUAUUUGAAAAUUUCAUUGAAAACAAUAACAAGCACAUUAACAACAACAACAACAACAACAACACAAUUUAUCAUUGCGAAUAUUUGAGUGUAUACAAUUAAGCAUCAAGUGGCUAAUUGAAUUUUUAUUCCUUUUAUGAUUGUUGAACGAAAAAGCAUUGUUUUUAUUAGUAAAAUAAUAAUUGCAUGUUUUUAAAAAUGUCACUCGCUUUAAAUUCCAUGCCCUCCUUUUCAUAAUUUCCAUAAUUCUUUAUCUGUUAAAAAUUAAUUAGUUACAUUAUCACAUAUUUAAACACACAAAUACAAAAUAAAAAAAUUCAACAAAAUAAAAGACGCUGUUGUCAAGUCGUCAAGGAAUAAUUGCAGAGGCACAAAAGAAAAAAAUGAAUAAAAUAAUAAAAAUAUAAAAAACAAAAUCAGUAUAAUAAAUAAAUAAAAUAAAUAAAUUGAUAUAUAUGAUGAUAAUGUGUAUCAAAUCCCAAACAAUCUUUUAAAUAAUAAUAAUUUAAUAACAAAUGUAGUUUAAGAAUUUCGAGAAAACCCAUUGCAAUAAUUAAAAAAUGAAAAUAAUUUCGUCGAUAUGGAUAUAUUAGUUUAGCGCACCUGUAAUCGAUGAUGAAAAGUUGAAUAAUAUUAAUAAUAAAAAUUCAAACAAAGAUAUAUAUAUAAAUAAGGUGAACAAAGAAAAAAAAAUUUGGUUUAGCUGCGUCGUCGUCGUCGUCGUCAUCGUCGUCUUUUGAUAUUUUCAAGAGAAAUCAUGUUUAAUAUUCGUGACUUGAAUAUAUAUUUAUAUAUUAAUUUUUUCUUUCCGUAAAACAAGGUAAAUUAAUAAUAAAAUCAUUGUUUUAUAUCGUGGAAUAAAUAUUAUACUACUGGUUAUGAAAAUCAAUUUUCAAUUUUUCGGAUUAUCAAGACCGGUUCCUGGCUGUGUGUUUAAUCAUACUUGAUGAUUUUUAUUAUCAUUUUUUCUAAUGGAAAUAUAUCAUCGUCAUUAUCAUGAAAAUAUAAUUCUAAUAAUUUUUAUUUAUUUUGUUAAACAAUAUUAUUAAUAUUAUUGUUUGACUGAAAUUUAUUAUUUUUAAUUUGUAAACUUGUGGUGGCAAAAUCAAUGAAUCCCAGUUGAAAAAAAAACAACAUAUUUUCACCCCAAUAUUUGUAUGAAAUGUGUGUCACCUGUUUGACACACAAAACUAGUAUUUUUUUUUUUUUUUCUUUUUUCAAUUUUUCGAUUGUUCUAGUUUCUCGACUGACUUCCUCAAAACUCAGACUCAUUAAAAUAACUAUGAACAAUAUUUUCCAUAUAAAUUUAUUUUUUUUUUUAAAUUAUUAUUUUUUAUUCAUAAGUAAGUGUUCAAUUUAGAGAAUCAAAUAAUUUAAUCUGUGUAAAGA